UCAAGCGAGAUGACGAGAAAGAGAGGAGUCGGUGGAGGUUAGGUCGGUGGCGCAAAGAAAGAAGAAUGACUGGUGGCCGGCGGUGGACUAGCGCCUGGUGCUGUUCGAGGGGCGCUUACUGGAUAGAGCAACGAGGACGGACGACACAGCGUCCUCGGGGGGAAGAGAGAAAGCUGGACAGUAAGAGAGAGCAUGAGUGGGGGUGAAGCGGCGAGCGACCGAGAGUGCGGUGAAACAGAGAAGAAGUGAGAGAGAUAAAGAGAGAUAACGGGGCGGAGCGAGAGGGGAAGGGAAAGAACGUUUCAGUGGGAAGCAGCCGCAGUCGUAGCCGAUGGUGGGGAUGAAAAUUAGUUACGGCAUCUACCAAGACCUAAAAGGAACUCCGUGCGCGGCGCGGCCAGGCCACUUCGUGCAAUGUUACGCGUUAAGGUAACCCCGUGCGUCGUUGGCAGUGCCCGAUUUCGAAGCUCGUCGUUGUCGCCGUCGUUCUUGUUCCUGUGUUCGACGUGACAGCCAUCGUCACGGUGUUCGAAAGUUCUCGCGUCAUCCGUGCGAAUACGCGUACGUACGUACAAUCGGUAGCGCGUUAUGGCUCAUGGCGUGAGCGAGGCGCUCGGCGAAGGAAGUUCGGUGAAAAUGGUGCAACAGAAACAGCAAUCGGUUCACCAGCAGCAACAGACCGCGAGGAAAUCGAUCGGAGCGAUGGGCAGCAGACGGAUAUUCGCGCCAGCCUUCAAGCUCAAGGUUCUCGAUUCGUACCGAAACGACAUCGACUGUCGCGGAAAUCAGCGGGCGACCGCGAGGAAGUACGGAAUUCAUCGACGUCAGAUACAAAAGUGGCUACAGUGUGAAGAUAAUCUGAGAAACAGUUGCACCGAGAGUGGAAAUACCGCGUCGACGACGGUGAUCUCUGCCGCGAGUGCAUCCAAGUCUGAUAGUGCCGUUGCCGUCACCGUUGCCGUGACGGAAGCCGCGGGGCCUGCCGUGACUCCAGCAGCGCCGGCCUUGAACCUCAGCCUCGCCAGACUGCACGGCGACGAGCUGGCUACGCAGCAAGGGCCCCCACCUCUUCUUUCUCAUCCUCCUCGUCCUCGCGGUGGUUCGCCCUCUUCACCCCGAUACGCUCCUCCAUCCGGCGCCGUCGCCACCGCGACGUCGGUUCCGUCCGGCGUCGCCCGUCUCGGUUAUCGCGAAUAUUCCGGGAAUUCGGAGCAACGACAUCCGCGAAAUGGUGAAACGAUAGAAGAACGAGUACGGGUAACGAUGGACGGGCGUAUUUACGAUCGAGAAUCCAGCGAUUACUACGUUUUAAACGCGGACAACGGCCUAAAUUUCGAUGCUAGAACCGAGCCGAAAGUUUAUCAAAAUCUGACAUCCUAUCGCGUAUCUCACGGUUGUUACGACAUCGAUGAGAAAGAAACCACGAUCGCGAGUAAUCACUCUCCGCUUCCUCGCAGCAGCGAAGGUCAUCAUCGAUCCGAACAAAUUUACGGACCAGUGGACUCGCCGAUCGACGGAAAAUCGACAUACGGAUUGCCGCCGCUAGCGCCGUCGGUGAUAAAGACGGAGCGAGCGAGCCCAGACGCGGCGGCGACGCCAGGGCCGUGCGAGUCGUCGAGCUCCCCCGGCCUUGCCAGGCUCUCGCUCUCGCCGCCCGUUUCGCUUCCACCCGGUUCCAACACCGUCUCAGAAUCGGGCUCAUGUUCUUGCUCUUGCUCUUGCUCUUGCUCCUGUUCCUGCUUCAACUCCGUUCGCUUCGACUCGUCGCCACGGUCCUCCGCGAGUCCGUGCCUGCUGCAUGUGCACGGCCAUGCACAAGCUCGCGGGAUCGCGAACGCUUCACCGAUACCGGAUUCUGAGAAUCCGAUGCCGUCCAUGCUUCAGAGAGAGUCGACGGAUCCGACUCUGGCUUGUAUCGGGGAGAAAGGAACGAGGAACGUUUUGGAGGAGUCUGAAAUCGGCAAGACUGUGGUCAAGGAAGAAGAAAUCCAUUCGGAGGAAGAGGAGGAGACAGCAACGACAACCAUCGGGGAAGAGGAAAGGGAGCCGGCAUCAUCCUCGUACGUCAAUCAUCGGCGACCACCUGCCGUUACUGGCUUCGGUCUCGCCGAUUCCCGUCCCGCGAGCCCCGUGUACAAUCGCGAAGGAUACUCGUUGCCUUCCAGCCCCCGCGGACCCGCUAGCUCCGGAAGAUCCAGCGCCAGUUGCUCUGACAGCGAGACGGAUCCCCUCGAUUGCUCUUCCGUCGGUCAGAAUUCGUCCACCGAUCAUCUCGCUCGACGUCGAUCCUUCUCAUUGCGAUUCAAGUUGGAUGUUCUCGACGCGUUCCACAGAGACGUCGGCGUGGCUGGAAAUCAGCGAGCCACCGCUCGUAAAUUCGGUAUAAAUCGACGCCAAGUACAGAAAUGGUUAGGCCAGGAGACGGAGUUAAGAGGCGAGAUCGCACUUCGCGGAAACUCACGGCAACGAUUGGGCCCUAUCCAGGAUGCCGCUUCCGGUGAGUCACCGGUGGAUCUGAGGACGUCGUACCACGUUUCUGGCUUAUCGCACGAUCGGAACGAAGCUGAAUACGAGCGAUCGCCACCGCCGCCGCAGCCGCAGCCGCAUGUUUACUGCUUCGUCGUCGGUUCUCCAUCGCACGUACCAUCACCGUACUACCACCGACAACCUUCGAUGGCCAUCGACGCAACUUCCGAGACCGAGCCUUACGUUUCUUGCGACUCCUGCUGUAUGUCCAUGGACGGGAAUGCCGUGUCAUCGGCCACGUCCUGCUUCCAAGAAGCCUCCUCGAGAGGUUCUUGCUACUCGGACUCGCGCACGAGGGUCUACUGCUAUUCUCCGCGAGAAUAUUGCUCGGAAGUCGUCCCGAUUCCCGAAAAUUCAGAGGAACCGCCGGCUUCUUCGCCGUUCAAGAGACAACACUGCACUCUCGCCUGUUACUACGAAUUGUCUCCGUCGUCGCCGAAGAGGCUUUGCUUGGAUGAAACGGUCGGAACGAAUCCUUGUCGACAGGCACCUCCACAAGAUACGCCGUUGUGCUUGGUCAAGCCAAAGAGGCUCAUCGACGCUUCUCCGUCGAGAACAGAACCGGUGACGAGCACGGUGUCGACGCCUCCGGCGUCCGCCGCGCCCCCGACUUCGUCAAUCACCUCAAAGAAGGAUGCCAUCCUGUUCAAGCCGUAUUUGGAUAAUCCAGUGAGCAAACCAGUGAAGGAGAACGCCGAUCAGAGGGCCCUGUCGCCGGUCACCAGCCGGAACAUCGUCAACAACAACAACAACUGCCAAAGUAUCUGCGAUCUAAACGAAGGCAGGGGUCACGACUACGCUCUUGAACUUAGUUUAAGACUGCCCGUGUCUUGGAGGACUCACCCGGGUCCGUACGCCGAGUUCCCUCAGGUCAGGAGCGCGUUCGUUAGGUAUCCAGCAAGUCCCCGUUACGGUUAAUCUUUCGACUGCGUAAACUUGACCGAAAAUACUUUCUCGCUUUUUCAUUGUUGCAUCUUGGAACGCGCGAUCGUAUCGUUUUUUCUUUAAACAGAUUAGAAUUUUUCUAAAUCGAAGUACCACGGAAUCGAUGCUAAACGUCCAAGACGAGAAUUCUUACGAUCAAGCCGACGUUAUCGUUAGAAACGGUAGUUCGGAAUUGUUUCGCGACAUAUCGAUUCCGUGGUAUCUAUCGGGCAACCAGGACUUUCCGAAAAGGAUCCACCGGGGAAGGAUCGAUGGGUACGUGAUCCGCGACACGUCGCUGUGCCACGUAAAUUUAUCUCUUCCCCGGAUCGUCGGUACCGCGUUACGCAUCGCGAUAAAGUCUUGAUCGGCGAUUGGAUGGGCCGGUAUAUACAUAGAAGGAGAUUGCAAUGUGAUCGCGUUACUGGUCUGACGUCUUCUUCAAGCUUCGCUUCCUCUGGCCGCGUGAAAACUGAAAAUCCCAGUGAAGAUACGCGAACAACUUUUUUUCGCAGCCGCUUUAUCGUCGAGAUUAGCGCGUAUCGGCUAGGCCGUUUAGAGGUCGAAUACUGCUCACUAUAAUUGCGGAAUUAUGUCAGUCCCGCGCGAUACCGAUCGCGCGAGGAACGCUCUCGAGGCAUCGAGGCCGUUGCACAAUCGCGUGUCUUAAUGUUCCCGGAAAGUGCUUGGAUUCGCGGUCGGUAUUGGGAACGAAAAACUUUCCUUGUUCUGUCUCCCUCCUCCUUCUCUCUCUUCAAUUCCUUUUCAUCGGGCGAUGAAGCUUUCCACGAAGUGGUCAUGGCCUGUUCGUUCCACGCUUUGUCGAGAGUCGACCUCCAGAUAUCGCUUAAUUGCUCAAAGAAUUUCUUCCAUUCGCGCACCGUGCGCAAGUAUUACGACAGAGUCUCGUCUCUGUCUAUUUCCUUUUCUCUAUUCUUUGCCCGUCUUAUCUCCCUUCCCUCUCUGCUAGCUCGUUCACAAUUUUCUCUCGACUCGUUCCCGUUUCCUUUCUCCUCGAUCAAUCGCUCGUAAAUGUGCGCGUACGUAUCGAACGACUUCAUUAGAAUUUUGUGAGAAACCGCGCUGUCUCUCGUCCGUCGCUAUUUUUAUAACGCAACCCAGAGGAGGAAGGAACUGAAAAAGGUUGAGGAAAUACUCGACGCAGCAAAAAAAUCGUCGCUACCGUUUCCGUUCGUAGCUGAGCGCCCCGUACCGAUUCGUGCCUUUUCUCUCGCCGAUUUCGGAAUAAACGCGUACUCACGCAUAUCACAUAAACGCGGACAAUGCUUGUGCGUUAUCCAUAGAUUUUACGUAGUCAUAUACAGAACUAUAUUUUGUAUAAAUUUGUAUCUCUCGAUCGAAAGUAACGUAAGGAACAUCGAACGAAGAACUUUUUACUACCGUCAAUUAAGAAAAUUUUAACGAUCGUACGAACGUAACGCGUAAUUCGUUGCGUUCGUACGAUAGCGAUCGCGGAGGGCGAUCCGUCGAAAACGCUCCAAAAUACCCGUGUGCCUUAUACGAUUAUACACACGAUACAUACGCAUUAACGUUAGGUCGUGUAGACUCGCGCUCGCGAAAAUGGACCACGAGAUGUGUGAUUUCUUCGAUCGGAUAGCAAAUCGUAACGAGUAUCUCUGUUUUAUCGAAUUUAUAACAUCAUAGGACAUUGGUUUUAAUUGUGAUUUCUCGAUCUUUUUAACUAUUAUGCCCGUUUUUUAAUCUUGACAGCAAUCGUAUCGAUCGAUAUGAAAAAAAGACGAGUCACGUUUUGCCAUCCGGUCCUAUCGUUGUAUAAUUUAUUCACGCUUUCGGUGCAACGUUUUACCGUACGUUUCACGGUUUUAUCAAUAAGAGUAAGCGCAUACGUAUCCCGUCUGGCUUGUUUCGAUUCUCGGCGCGAUAAGGUCGUACAUUUUUAUCGUCAAACGACCUUCGCGAUAUCGCAACGCGACUAAUAACGGCGUCUGAAUCAGUGGAGACGAUUACUGUAAAAGCUCGGAAAUACGAUCGCGUCGGGCCUUCGGAUUCCCGAUAAUCGAUCGACAGUGUCAUUUCAUUCCGGAUAAACGUACGCUAUCGUAAGAACCGUGGUACAGCGACGCAGUGGUACAGGGAUGGUACGCAGCGCGUUCCGCGAGAAAGUUUACCGAAAAUAGCUACAGAGUUCCACGAACGUUCCGCGAUCCCGUAAUUGAACGGGUCGCUUCGAACGAGAGCAAUUUUGUAAAUUACCGUCGCAGACGGAGCGCUUACGUCAAUGUUUCAAUAUUCAGGCUCGAUCGAGCUCGUUGCAAUGCGCGCGGCUAAUCUUCGCGCGUCCCGUUAUCGCCCUUAAACCGUAAAGCUGCAAGCCGUAACGACGAAAGUACGAUCCCGAGAAUCGGAAGUUGCCACGAUGGACGAAGGAAACGCGCGUUAGCCUUGUCCGUGUUCGCCGAUGAAGUCAAGGUGGCAAUGUACAAUAAAAUGUAGCGUAAUCGUAAGCCAUAAUGAAUUACAUAAUGCCAUAACAACAUUUUACAUAAUAAACGAUAGCGUCGAACCGAGCGACGAUGCGACCAUGAGAGAAAGAGAGAGUGAAUGCGCGUGUGCGUGAAGACAGAUCCGAGCGUGUAUUCGGCGUGCGCACAGCCCACAAGAGUCUAUUAAAUGAGGCAUAAAGCACUGUGUAUUUCCAAAGUCCACCAAACUGUGCGAGGACAGUGAAGGAAACGAAGGAGUGAGAGAGGGAGGGAAUCACACGCGAAGGGAGGAAAGUUUGGUGGGCGAGCCCCCGCGCAUUAAAGUCUGUAGGCAGAGACGCGUAUAUGCGCAUACGCGUACACGCAUGGAAUAAAUAAUUAUUACGUUAUGAAGCAUAAUGCUCGUGUAUCGUACAUGUACAAAGAAAUUUCUAUAUACAUUAUACAUACUAUAUUAUAGCGUUGAAAGAUAGACCGAGUUUAUAUACAUAUAUAUAUAUUAUAUAUAUAUUAUAUACAUAAAUAUGUAUAUGUAUACAUGAUAAUUAUUAUAUUUUAAUACGAGAUCAAAUUGUGUAAUAUUGUAGAACGAAACGGCUGAGGAAUAACUCGCCCCGGUGCCUUUCAGAAAUCGCUCGUGUGCCUUAAUCGGUUCGCCAAGUGGCGAAGAGGAAUCGCGAGGAGCAAGGUGUCUCGCGUCGACGGAACGAGCCGCGUGUCCGACGGCUGGAUGUAUUUUUUACAUGUUACGACGACGUACGGUACCUGUGUCAUCUCUUCGCGGUGAAAACGAAGCGUACGAAAAAGUACACCGGUGACUCGUCCGACCGUGUAAUAAUAUCGCAAUAUCAGUAUUCAGAUUUAUUCGUCUAUUUAUUGGUCACCGUUUCGACCGCGUAAAACGAAAAAAUAUUGUAUUUUGUUCUCGCGUCUCCAUUUUUCGUCGUCGAUGAAUGAGAUCGGUUCAAGCGAUUCGUUUAUUUUCUCCUUCCCUUCGAAAAAUAUGUAUGUCGUCUGUCCUCCGUCGAAACGAUAAACGUCGAUCGUCGACGAUCGACUUGUUCGUGUAUUUACGCCGUAUCGUAAUUUUCCAGUGAUAAUCAAACGAAAAUAUGAAUAGCCUAUAUAGUUAUGUAUUGAGAAUUCGGUUCAAAUUCGUAACCAUCUUCGACAUACAAUGUAGGGAAGAGGGAGAAAGACGAGCAUCGUCCAUGGAUCUUUUUUUGUACGCUCGAUCAAAAGAAUAUCGUUGUAUCAAAUAAAUACUGUAUUAUAUAUACACGCAAGCGUAGGCUACGAGAAUUUCAGAGAAAAUAUAGAGACUAUUUUGAAGAAACAA